AUGGCCAGCCGAGCGAGGCAACUCCACGCCAUCUACAUGACCAGUUGCUACCAUGACCCUGACAAGUGGGCCCACCUCGUCAGGGAGUACGCCUCCCAAUCCUUGCUUCGGGAAGCCGCCCUCGUCUACGCCAGGAACGUGCCCCGCCGGACGCACCACCAGCCCCUCCUCCCCGUCCUCCUCAAGGCCGCCGCCGCCGCCUCCCUGGCCGAGUCUGGACUCGGCAAGUCCCUCCAUGCGGAGGCCCUCAAGUCCGCCUUCACCCGCGACCUGCUCGUCGGCACCACGAUCGUGUCAAUGUACUGCAAGUGCGGCGCACUCGCCGACGCGCGCAGGGCGUUCGACGAAAUGCCGGACCGGAACGUCAUCAGUUACAACGCGCUUCUCGCCGGGUACGCCGCGGCGGGGGACAUGGACGGUGCCCUGGCGCUGUUCGGUGGCAUGCGCUCCUGGACGUAUGUCACGUGGGCGACGCUGAUCCGUGGGUUCGCGGAGAUGGACAACAUGCCGGAGGCUCGGAAGUGGUUCGAGGCCACGCCGCCGGGGAUGCGGACCGUUGUCACGUGGACCGUGCUCGUGCAUGGCUACGUGUCGAUGGGGGACAUGGAGGCGGCGAGGGAGGUGUUCGACAGGAUGCCCGCGAGGAACGCCUUUGUUUGGUCGUCGAUGGUCACGGGAUACUUCAAGGUCGGCAACGCCGAGGAGGCGCGGGCGGUGUUCGAUAGGAUCCCAACGCGGAACCUGGUGAACUGGAACGCGCUGAUCGCCGGGUACGCACAAAUCGGGUGCAGCGAGAAGGCGCUCGAGGCUUUUCAUUCGAUGCUGCAGGAGAGGGUAAAGCCGGACGAGUUCACCAUGGCAAGCUUGCUGUCAGCUUGCGCGCAGCUCGGGUCGCUAGAGCAGGGGAAGAAAGUUCAUGACUUCAUUAAACGGGAGCAUAUCCGGAAGAACCACUUUGUGGUGAACGGUCUGAUCGACAUGUAUGCCAAGUGUGGUGACCUCGCGUACGCCCGAUACAUCUUUGAUAGCACGAGACGGAAGAACACCGAAUGCUGGAACACCAUGAUCUCCGCACUUGCAAGCCAUGGUCAGAGCGAUGAAGCACUCUACCUGUUCUUCCAGAUGGAGCGCUCUGGGCCGACGCCCAACGCGAUCACUGUUCUUGCCGUGCUUGGAGCUUGCACGCACAGAGGGUUUGUUGAUGAAGGAUUACAAAUCUUCAACAAGCUCGAUGCGUAUGGAGUUGAAGCGGGAGUGGAACAUUACGGUUGCCUGGUUGAUCUAUUAGGCCGGGCUGGAAAACUGAAGGAAGCCUACGAGAUUGUCAAGAACAUGCCUGAGGAACCCAACGAGGUGAUCUGGGGAUCGUUGCUUGGAGCUUGCAGAGUGCAUGGUGAUGCGGAAAUGUCAAGAUUGGUAACGGAUGAGAUCCAUCGAUUGCAUUCUGCUCAUGCAUCGUCUAAUGAUGCAGAGUACAUCAUGCUGUCAAAUAUCAUGGCUGCUUCAGAGAGCUGGGAGCAGGCAGAGCAAAUUAGGAGGAAAAUGGCGCGACAUGGGGUCGAGAAGACUCCUGGCUGCAGUUCGCUUGAGCUUGGCAUUCCUGAAUACCGAGUGUGUGCAGGCAGUAGGCAGUAG